AUGGCGUCAGGAGAGUUUGACGGAGAUGAGUUCUCAAAUAAUCUGUUCAGCGACUUGGCACCGCUCAUCACUUUGUUCGGAGAGCAGAUGACCAUACAAUUCCUCAGUCUAAGUAUAUGCUGGGAAGAUAACAUCCUUCUAGCGAUUGGUCCGCUGGUAAUAAUCACCAUCGUCGUCAGCGCCAUCCGCGUAGCAGGUUGGCAGAGUCUGAGGGCACUUGUUGGGCGCGCCCGAGAAAGCUAUCUCGUUGCUGAACAGGAAUUGCUUUCUUCGACUUCCGAAGGUGUACGCAGGGACUGGUGGAAAAUAUUCUCGUGGGGAAAUCUCGAGAGCCUCUGGGUCAUGAUCGCGAGUGAGAUGCGGAAAACAGACCAAUCUCGACUCAAGGCCAUGGCCCAGUCGGAUGUAUACUUCGGCAUGUUUCUUUCGUCGUAUUCCGCGCGUAAUGUUGCGUUUGGAGGUCCCAACUUGUCAUCUGAGGAACUCGUCAUCGACGAGCGUCCAGAGACCACCAAGACCCUUCGACAGGCUCAGGAGCUUUUCUCGCUUUUCAUCCUCGCACUGACUUCGCAAAUCAAAGAAUUAAUCGACAUAACGCCAGUGAAGUUGGGCAGCAGCGAUAACACCGAGCUAUGGGAGCAUCCCGUUUUCAAAUUAGUUGCAGAGGGUGUUGUAAGAGCUAAGCUGGCACAAGAUGUUGAAGAGGCUUAUACUCUGAUCAUCCCAGCUUUUGCCGAGUACAAUCUUCUCCCAGCUGAGCCAAGUCAGCCGGAAGCAAUAGCUUCAGGAGACCAAGUAGUUUCCACGAGAGCGGUUAUUUCGGAAACCUCCGCUGUGCAAGAUCCGGGAGUUCGACACAGCCCGUCACCCGGAGUUUUCUCGGCCUUCCAGAAAGGCUCAACACCACAGCAAUCAUCUACUCAGCAAGUUGCAACUCUUCAUCAAGAACCAUCUCUACUCUGA